AUGAGGAAAAGGGGUUCGGGGUCUUUUGACGGUGCGGCGAGGGUGGUGGUGACAUCACGCAGCUAUGCUGACUUUACAGCUGAAGCUACAUUUGAUAUUAAGAAGUGUGAUGUGCACCGGCUGGAAGAAGGACCCCCUUCCCAGGCUGUGUUGACACGGGAGGAGGGCCUGAAGUAUUACCGCACCAUGCAGGUCAUCCGGCGCAUGGAGCUGAAGGCUGACCAGCUCUAUAAACAGAAGAUCAUCAGAGGGUUCUGUCACCUGUCCGAUGGCCAGGAGGCCUGUGCUGUGGGAAUGGAGGCUGCCAUCAACCUUACGGAUCACUUGAUCACUGCGUACCGGGCGCACGGCUACACCUACACACGUGGCGUGUCUGUCAGGGAGAUCAUGGCAGAGCUUACAGGCAGGAGAGGAGGCUGUGCCAAGGGCAAAGGAGGCUCCAUGCACAUGUAUGCCAAGAACUUCUAUGGAGGAAAUGGAAUAGUGGGUGCGCAGGUGCCUCUGGGAGCGGGGAUCGCGCUGGCAUGCAAGUACCUAGGAAAAAAUGAGGUUUGCAUGACACUGUAUGGAGAUGGUGCAGCCAACCAGGGUCAGAUCUUCGAGGCUUACAACAUGGCUGCCCUCUGGAAACUGCCAUGCAUCUUUGUCUGUGAGAACAACAAGUAUGGUAUGGGCACCUCAGUGGAGCGUGCAGCUGCAAGCACAGAGUACUACAAGAGAGGGGACUUCAUUCCUGGGCUGCGGGUGGAUGGGAUGGAUGUCCUGUGUGUCAGAGAAGCUACCAAGUUUGCUGCGGAGCACUGCAGAGCUGGGAAGGGCCCUAUUGUCAUGGAACUACAGACCUACCGCUACCAUGGACAUAGCAUGAGUGACCCUGGAGUCAGUUACCGAACCAGAGAAGAGAUCCAAGAGGUGCGCAGCAAGAGUGACCCCAUCUCUCUCCUGAAGGACCGGAUGCUCAGCAACAAUAUGGCCACCGUGGAGGAGCUCAAGGAGAUUGACGUGGAAGUGAGAAAAGAGAUUGAGGAUGCUGCACAAUUUGCCACCACCGACCCAGAACCGCCCCUGGAUGACCUGUGCAACCACAUCUUCUACAAUGAGCCGCCGAUGGAGGUGCGUGGCACCACCCCGUGGGUGAAGCUCAGGUCUGUCAGCUAAGCAGCCUGCUGCCUUGGGAUUGGACCUGUUGGGGGCUCCCUGCCACAUGGCUGGCUGGAACUACAGCAGGUGAUCGGCUGGGAAAAGCUGCAACACAUCUAUGGAUAAGGUUAUAAAUUUUCACUGUUCUGAAACCUGUUCUGGUUUAAGUUGCCUUGGGUUGCUGUUCUGCCCUUUAAAAAGGGAUGCAUGCUGUACAAUAAAUUGCCAAUCAUGUCCUCUCUUAGACUCCAUGGUUUGCCCUCAGAGGUUAGGCUGGAUACUGGCUGCUUCCUCUCUAUCUUGAGACUGUCCCAUCUCCUUUUAUAGGAGUAGCAGCUUAACCAGUUGCUGUAACUGUGCAUCCCUAAUGGCCAAUCAGAUUGGAAGGGACUUCCCUGUAUGAACAAAAGUGAAAUGGGGAAAAUGGCAUCCACUAGCCAAGCCAUGUCUGAGCCCUUAACCUCUGCAAAUUGGGAGUCAGGAGCAAAAUAGCCUGUUUUAAAGCCACUUGGCUUUUAGGGUCUGGACAGGAUUUGUAGGCCAUAGUUACCCUAUUAUGUUGCUGAUCCUACCAUUUGAGUCAUUCUAAUCAUUCAUUGCAAGACCAGACAAUAGAUUCUGCCAAAUGAUUUAUUUAUUUGUAGAUAUGGGGAAUUAUUUGUAAAGAACUUGAAUUUCCUGUUUCCUCAUGGGAACCAGCAAUGACUACUUGGUGUACAACUGUUGAACUAUGGUAGCCAGACCUCUUGGUGGUUUUAAAACUUCAUCUUCCUGGAAGUGUGUAACCAAUUCUUGUCCUGUUUUGUAGUUUGACAUCUUCCCAAAAUGUGGAUGGGAAUCUUUAAGGAGAGGGCAUUUCAGACAAGUUGUCUUUGUACAGUCUGAAUAAAGAGUCCAAAUGUGUCA